GGCCUUCUUCUCGUCUCUUUCCACCAUCGGCCUUCUUCGGACCUCGCUGGUUGGCUUCGUCGGAUCCCUUUCCCUUCUCGUCCCCGGGCGAAAGAUUCGAUCUUUAGCGCCGCGCCCUUGAUUGGUGCGGAUUCGAAGACUUCUCACUAGAUGGAGGCCGGCGGCGGCGGCGGCGACGCCUUCGGCUCCUCCACCGCCCCUCUCACCUGGCACGACUUCUUGGAGCGGAUGCGGCACCCCUCCGCCGCCGAUUUCGUCAAAUCGAUCAAGAGCUUCAUUGUCUCCUUUUCAAACAAAGCUCCUGAUCCAGAAAAUGACAGUGCUGCUGUUCAGGAUUUUCUUACCAACAUGGAAGGAGCAUUUAGAGCCCAUACGCUUUGGGCUGGUAGUUCAGAAGAAGAAUUGGAAAGUGCUGGAGAGGGUCUGGAGAAAUAUGUCAUGACAAAACUUUUCAGCCGUGUAUUUGCAUCAGUUCCAGAAGAUGCAAACAGUGAUGGAGAACUUUAUGAGAAGAUGGCUUUACUACAACAAUUUGUACGACCCGAAAAUUUGGAUAUACAGCCGGCCUUCCAAAAUGAAACAUCAUGGCUGCUUGCACAGAAGGAACUGCAGAAGAUUAAUAUGUACAAGGCUCCUAGAGACAAACUUGUUUGUAUCCUCAAUUGUUGCAAAGUCAUUAAUAACUUACUAUUAAAUGCUUCAAUCGCGUCAAAUGAGAACCCUCCAGGAGCAGAUGAGUUCCUCCCUGUCCUCAUUUAUGUUACCAUAAAGGCAAACCCUCCACAACUCCAUUCAAACCUGUUAUACAUACAACGUUAUAGGCGUCAGUCACGUUUAGUCUCUGAAGCUGCAUAUUUCUUCACAAAUAUCCUGUCUGCAGAAUCUUUUAUCUGGAAUAUUGAUGCACAAGCACUUUCAAUGGAUGAGAUAGAAUUCCAAAAGAAAAUGGAAUCUGCCAGAGCGCAUCUUAUGGGCCUAUCAACUGGCACAGAACAUCAGCAAACUGAAACCAAUCUGGAUGCCAUGGAAGAAAGGUUGAAAUCUAACAGGGAACUGGAUAACACAGCAUCUGUCGAAGGACAUCAAGUCCCAAACCAAUCAUAUAGUAUAAACAAAGAUGUAGAUGGCAAGUAUAAACCACUAAUUAAAAGGCCGUCGAUCUCAGAUCUAGAGAAGAAAGGAACCACUGACAUUUUGAAGGAGGAAAAUGUAAACAAAUAUUUUCAGGAGUACCCAUUCUUAUUUGCUAAUGCUGGAGAUCUAACAGUUGAUGAUGUAGGAAGCCUCCUGAAUUGCUACAAGCAGCUCGUGCUUCGGUAUGUAGUUCUUUCAAAAGGAAUGGGCAUCGGUAAUGAAUCUCUUUCUCUACCCAACACAGAAACACCAUCUGAACUUUCAAGUGUCAAGGAAUCUGAAUAUGUAGCAGAAAUGGAAAUGAAAGUCGAGGACCACGAAGAAGUUAGCAGAAAAGCGGGCAGUUCUGCCGAGGAUUUGAUCUUGCAAAUGGAUGAUGCAGAGUCCAAGAAAGUUGCAGACGAUUCGACUGCUGAAGUAAGUCCAUGAAAGGAUGUGCAGAACUCUUAAGCUUCUGUUCUUAAUAUAUAUUUGCUCCGUGUGCACUGAACUGAAGCCAGAGGUAUUCUUUUCUGCCCUGGACAAGCAAAGGAGAGCUAUACUGUAGCUCUCAAGCAAAGCCAUUGUUUGCUCGGUUUAAAAUGGGGGAAGGAAACAAACCGCUGCACUUACAAACUAAAGGAGGUCAAAUAUUGCCCACCUUCAACCAAUGUUAGCUUCUUUUUUGCUGUUUGUGCCGGUUGGUAUGUAUUGUAUUAGACCUUAUCCUGUUUCCUAGGUAGCUGGUAACUCAUGGCUGAUGGUUUCUGAGCUUCUACGUGUAGUUGUUGAUUCUUCAUUUUUUUUUUACUCUUAGUAUCUUUUGUGUAGUUUCAAUGACCCAAAUAGAUUUAUGAAACCUUUUACUUUGAAGAAGCAUUGAGAAGUCAUUCAUGGCAA